ACCCGCAGCUUUGCACAGCAGAGCAUCACACCACGUGGCACUCUUCCUCGGCUAGGAGCAUCUGUGGUGCCUCAGACGCCAGCUUGUCACUCCACUUCUACAGACGUUGUAGCAUGCAUUGGGGACCAGCAUCCGUAGCUGCCAGCAUCCUUUUCAAAGAAAAUAAGCUACAUUCAAAAGUUCCAGUGGGUAAAUGAGGAGACACUCCUUCCCUGGAGGACAAUCCCAGAAGAAUGAGACCCGCCGGGAAGAAAGAGCUGCAUCCCUAACUCAGGCAAACUCCGGCAACAUUCCCACCGCAGACCUCCAGCUCAGCAGCCUAAAAAUGCCACUUUUUAGCUGGGUGAAAUGGCCAAAAAGUUAUUCCUACAAACAAACACGCUAUGCUGGCUCCGAGGUAGUGACAAAGACUCUGCUUCGGGAGUUAAAAUGGCAUCUGAAGGAGCGGGAGAGACUAAUACAAGAGAUGGAAAAUGAACAGAAAGUGAAAAGGACAGGCGUGGACUACAACUGGCUGAGAAGCCACCAGAGUCCUCACACAGCGAUCCCAGUGACCGAACAAAGACAACUGGAAGCUCUUUGCUCACAAGUACAACCUUGUCAAACCGGCACUGUUCUCAGCAGAUUUCGAGAACUUUUGGCAGAAAAUGAUGUACUUCCCUGGGAAAUUGUCUACAUCUUCAAGCAAGUUCUGAAUGACUUUCUCAGCAGCCCUGACGGGGGUCAGCAUGCUGGCCUGUGGGGCUCUGACUUCACCUGUCCCCCUAUCCUUGCGCUCCCAGGUGAAAGCUCUGAGAGGCCAGACAAAGACGAGAUACCCACAAUUUCAAGUUAUGUAGACAGAAAUGCCAAGAACAGGUUUCCCCCAUGUUCACACAGAGUAUGGAACCUGCCGUACUAUUACCCGCCGAGCUGAGGAGUUAGCAAGACCACCUCAGAGCCACCCUUGGCCCUGACGAGAAGAAACAGUGACAUGGCCCCAAGUUUCUUGGCUACAACAUCAGGGUUUAGUAAAAAUUCCUGUACUGCCAACUUCUCUAAGCAGUACUGUUUUCUAAAUAUUCAAAUAUUUUAAUGAAAAGUAUGCUUUUAACUAAAAUACUCUCUAAAUGUUUGAAAUUUCUUAUACCUCAAACAUGUCACAGAAUUAAAGAAAUUUAAUAUGAAAUAUGAUAGAUUCUUUUGUGAAACUUAAUUAAUCUUGACUUUUAUUCUAAGAGAGCUGAUGUGUAAAAUAAAUGAUUAAUGUGA